UUCGUGUUGUUUGCGUGAUGGUCGCUCUCUGCGGCCGCCCACUGGGACCUGAGGAGGAGAGGGGGGUCUUAUUACUGGACCGGGAGGAGGACAGACCACAUUAACUCUGUCAUCCUUCGACACGGAGAUGGAAGUCUGUUCACGGUGUGUGUGAGGUUUUGCUGGUUAUUUUAACAACUUGUUCCCGACAUGGCUGAAGACGAAUACAAAUGGAUUUAUUAUUGAACUUGAAGCUUACAAGUGACCUCUGACCCCCGGAGGCCCCAUGAGCUGGCCAUGCAGCGCUCCAACGCCUCCUCCCUCCUCUCCAACCUCAGCCUGGGGGCCCCCCCGACGCCGGACCCCGGACCCCGCUGGCACAAUGGCAGCGAGCAGGUGCCAACGGCGGCGGGGUUGUCCAUGACGCUGGGCAUCCUGUCCAACGUGGUGGCCCUGCUCAUCCUCGCCAAGGCCUACAACCGCUUCCGGCGCCGCUCCAAGGCUACCUUCCUGCUGCUGGCCAGCACACUGGUGGCCACCGACCUGGUGGGCCACGUCAUCCCGGGGGCGCUGGUGCUGCGGCUCUACCUGACGCCCUACCUGACUGGGUCCCGUCUUGGUCCGGAGGGCACCCCGGAGCCCCCCGACGCGGCCUGCCUGUUGCUGGGCGGCAGCAUGGUGUUCUUCGGCCUGUGCCCGCUGUUCCUGGGCAGCGCCAUGGCGGCCGAGCGCUGCCUGGGCGUCACGCGGCCGCUGCUCCACGCGCGGCUGGUCACCACCGCCCGCACCCAGCUGGGCGUGGCCCUCAUCUGGCUCGGGGCACUGGGAGUGGCCCUGCUGCCCGCGCUGCGCCUGGGGGCCUACAGCCCGCAGUUCCCCGGGACCUGGUGCUUCAUCCACGUGCUGGGGGCCGUGGGGGGCUCCGACGUGGCCCUGGUGGGGCUGUUCUCCGGCCUGGGGCUGGCCUCGCUCUCCGUCUCGCUGCUGUGCAACACGGUGAGCGGUGUGACGCUGGUCAGGGCCCGCCUCCGCCAGCGGAGCUGCUCUCAGCGCCGCUCCGCCAAGUCACAUGACAUCGAGAUGGUGGUGCAGCUGCUGGGCAUCAUGGUGACGUCCUGCAUCUGCUGGAGCCCCCUGCUGGUGUUCGGCCUGAUGUCAGUGAGCCGGUCGUGGCGGGGGGCCCUGGGCGCCGACAUCACGUACUACAGUGAGCUGAUGAGGGUGGGCGUCCGGUUGGCCACCUGGAACCAGAUCCUGGACCCCUGGGUCUACAUCCUGCUGCGGCGCGCCAUCCUGCGGCGCAUCUACCGCCUCACCAAGCGCCACGCCAGCUUCAGGGGCGGGGCCUUCCGCUCCUCGCGCUGGGAGGCCAGCUCCUUCGUCAGCUCCGAGAAGAGCACAGCCAAUAGGAUGUGAGGGGGGGGCGGGACCACGGUUCCUUCGUCAGCUCCAAGAAGAACAGGGCCAAUAGAAUCUGACUGGGGGCGGGACCCCAGCUCCAUCGUCAGCUCCGAGAAGAGCAAGGCCAAUAAGAUCUGAGGGGGGGCGGGACCACAGCUCCAUCGUCAGCACGGAGAAGAACAGAGCCAAUAGGAUCUGACCAGGGGGGGCGGGACCACAGCUCUGAGGCGGGGCGGGACCAGGGGGCUGGGGGCUGGAGAUUGGACGCAGCAUUCGUCACUUUAAACCAAACUGACUUUGGAACUUAGUUGAUUAGAGAAGUGGCAGCUUAUUCACAGUGUUGAACCAAAGGCACCAACCAGUGGUGUGGAUGUUUUAGCGCUGAGUUCGUCCAGGGUCUGAUGUUGGAGAACGAGGGGUGAUAAGAGUGAACUGUCGUAGGAACGCGAGCAGUCGGGAGAUGGCUGUGGGUUAGAGGGUUAUUUUUGACAGACUCAAACCAUCCAACAUCGGAUUUCGUAAAAAUAUGCAACAAAGCAAAAAAAAUGAAGAUUCUAUUGAUUGAAAAAAGCUAAUCCAAUGGCAUGAUGGGAGGUUUUCCAGGGAAUAGGCAGAUCUCAGUGUCCCGUCCAGUCUUAAAGCUAAUGUCUGGAGCUCAGUGCUUCGGAAGGAGAGGAGGUAUAUUAUAAGGGCUCUACUGGCCCUGCUCACCUGUAAAUAACCACACAAAGUGUACAGAGCUUACUGUGACAGUGUUGUGUGGGACUGGUCUACAGUGAUGUAUAUGUGAAGUGGAGGCACCAAACCGUGUAUUUCGUGGUAUUUAUUUUGAGUACCCAGUUGUAUGGGUACUCAUAAGAAGCUGUAGCUGUUGAAUGUAAUAUACUGAAUUAAAAUAUAUAUUAUAUGUUACUUUUUGGGUCUUUUCAUCCGUUUCAUCCGUUCCUGCUUGGCCAGUUGUAGACUCUCUGAA